AUGGCGACGACGGGCACCAGCUACUACAGCGGCGGCGGCUCAGGCGGCGGCGGUUGGGGCUCUGGCGGUUGGGGCUCAGGUGGCUGGGGCGGAGGAGGAGGUCGCGACGACAAGUCGUACUGGGAGCCAUGGAAAGACGACGAGCCGGACGAGGAUCCGGAUGAUGAGCCGGAGUAUGACCUGAGGUACUGUCAGUUCUGCAAAUCGUAUGGGUACAUCCGCAAAGACGGCUGUGUCAACAAAAAGUGCAGCUUGGCCCAUAACACCUCGAGCCCGAAGCUCCAAGCCAGAGCCCUUAACCCUGAAAACGAGCAAGGCGACUACUAUAUCUACAACCCCAACCGGUCGGAGCCGUGGAACCCCUACAAGCAGAAGGGAGGCAAGCCGGACUACACCCCGAAGGAGUUCGAUGAUAUCCACGGUGCCAAUGUUUCGCAAAACAUCAAGAAGAAGAACAAGAAGAACAAGGGACUUAAGCGGAAGCAAUGGCAGGAAUCGGUCAAGCAAUGGCAUGCUGCUGGCUGCCCCAAGGGCAAAUGGUGGGGUGAGACGGAAGCGGAGAAACGUCCACGAGAGGGUCCUGUUGCCGUCGAUCCGGAGAAACGUCGCCGCCAAGCAGAGGCAGCAGAGGCUCGGAGCCAGGCGGCGGCACCAGCUUCGCCAACGGGGUCAUGGAUUGUGUUGUCGCCCGUCGCCCCUGCAGCUGGAAACGAUCAAGGAGAGCCACAUGCGGGCGACAACCAGGAGAAGGAGAAGGGGGAGAAGGGCGGCGACCCGGCGGACAAGUUCUGCUGUGGCUGUGGCGGCUAUGAUCUGAGCUCCUUGGCUGCAAAGGUUUCGGUUUGGUUGCUUGGCGACCGUGCUCUUCCGUGGCGCUUGGAAAAAAUGCGACCGUCUGCGGUGCCGUGUGGUACUGACGAGGAAGAGGUUCCCAGGCGAACCAAGUCGGCCGCAGGGGAACCUGUCAAGACGGAGCCCUUGUCGCCCCAGAAGCCGAAGGAAACUUUGGGGAUGGCCAAGGCAGAGGUGGCAGGCUUGCUCACAAGCCUCAAGUACCAAAUCAAGGCUAAGAAAAUGACGGAGAAGCAUCGCGAACAAGCGAACGAUAUCUUGCUGAAGUACCAACAGUCUGGCGUCCAUGGAAAAAAAGAAAUAUUGCAGAAAUUGCAAACGAGCGGGCUUCGUGACCUCAGCUGGUUCGCCGAGAUGCAAAGCGAAUACCAAACGCAAAGCGUGGACAAGGAGAGCACCACGAAGGGCUACUUCAACAGGAGCCAGAUCCUCAAGAUGAACGGCCUGGACCCGAGCAACAUGGACGAGGCUGUGGCUGCUGACACGCUCAAGGACUUGAUCGCCGACUGUGAGGCAGAGUUUGGUUUCAAGUCCGACUGCAAGCCUCACAAGAACCCCUUGCUGGCCAAGUACUACUACAAGCAGAAGGUCGAAACGGAGGACACAGCUGCCACGAACUCGCUGGGCUGGAGCAGUUGCGCCAACGUGGAAGGAAGCGACCUCGGCAGGCUCGUCGAGAAGUUCGACAACCCGGACCUGGAGGUGCCCGCCAACGAAGAGGCUUGGAACAAGGCCUACAGUGCUUGCAAGGCCGCCAAGAGCAAGCUGGGGAAGGUGGCGGACGAGCUCGAGGAGCAGCACGCCAAGCUGGUUGCUCACGGUCCCCAAGCGGAGGCGGACGAAGUUGGGCCCAAGAUCGAGACCCUCCGAGGCUUCUUGAAGACUUUGCGCUUCAAGAUCAGCGAGUGGAUGAACAUGAGCGAGGGAUGCAUGGAAGCGAAGUUGCCGGAGCUCACCCAGCUGAGUGAGGAAGCCACCAGCCACCUGGCUGCAGCCACGGCCUACAACAAGAAGUUGAAGAGUCAAAACUGCUCGCUCGGAGUUGCAAGUCUCUGCUGCCGUGCAUUUCGCUUUCGCUGGGCUCGAAUUCUAGGAUGGCACUCCUACGAAGGAUGCGCCAAGGGGGUCAAAGAUCUGGCCCAGGCUAAGCAGGGAAGCAACACUGCCAGGAACUUGCUUCGGCGCAAUCUUCGCCGAACACCGUGGCCGCCGCCAUAUGAGUGCCAAGUCCGGGGCAAGAAUCCAAGGACUGGCAAGGAGGACCUCUACACCCUGGCCUUCAUGCUUCCGCACGAAGUGCUACACGUUCUCCUGGAGUCUAACGAUGUUUCGGAAAUCAGAAAUCAACAAGCUCGGAUUCCCAACUUGCAAGAGCAACUUCAAGAGCACGGCAAUGAUGUCCUGCUGUUGGGGCUGUGGCUAGACGGUGUACCGUUUAGCUCAGACCGUAGCCAGACACUGCAGUGUGCAACCCUCAGCUUGCCAGGGCUUACAGAUGCUGGCGACUUUCGCUUUCCACUGACAGGGUUUCCAAAAUUCUUUCAGAUGCCUGAAGCUACCUGGGAUGAUGUCACGGCUAUCAUUGCUUGGUCGAUGAGAUGCUGUUAUACUGGCUUCUUCCCGUCCUUCCGUCACGACGAGUCUCGUUUCCUUGGCAACGACAGCUGGCGAAAGAGGAGAGCCUCGCAGCCGCUAGGCUGCCGGGCAGUCUUGGCGGAAGUGCGGGCGGAUUGGUCGGCAUACCAGGAAGUGUUGCGACUACCUGGCUGGACUGGCAACGGCCCAAUCUGCUGGUUUUGUCAAGCGACUUUGCAAGAUCUACAUGAUGUUGACGAGAGCAGCUCUUGGAGGAGCUCGCGCCUGUCGCAUUACCAGUUCCUGGCCAGGCAGAUCUCUGAAGGCAAGAACUUGAGCCCUCUUUUCAGUUGUCCUUGCUUUUCAGUACAGAAGUGCUGCAUUGAUUGGCUUCACUGCAUGGAGUUAGGAUGUGCAGCUGACUACAUGGGUGGGCUUUUUCAUAUGGUCGUGCAGACAAAGCUCCCCGAGCGAAGUGUCCACGAUCGCUGCAAGAACCUUUUUGGCGAUAUUCAAAAUUAUUAUCGCCGAAACCUGUCCCAGUCCCGCAUGAGCACGUUGACUCCGCUCAUGCUGAAAGGCAAAAACAAGAAGUGGCCCAAGUUGCGGGCUAAAGCCGGCGAGGCUCGCGACCUCAUCGGAUUCGCCAAGGAAUGCGCUGAAAGGCACAUGGGCAAUUCAGAUUUCGAGCGAACGUUGCUAUAUGAGUUCUUGUCCGAAAGGCAUUGGGAUGCCGAGAAGUUUCACAAGACUGUCAAUAAGUUUGCAGCUUUGUUUGUAGAGUUGAGUAAAUUCCCAGGGCAAACAUAUUUUAGGACAAAGCCCAAGAUGCACCUGCUUCUCGAGCUGGGCCGCCAAAAGCGGCGGCCCAGCGAGACGUGGACGUAUCGAGACGAGGGCUUCGGCCAUGUGUUGUCCCUCCACGCAAAACGUCGUGGAGGAAAGUACUCGAUGAAAGGCACUUCCAAGCAAAUGCUUAGCAAGUUUUGUGUCAACAACAGGAGGUUGCCAACACUGGCCUGA